AGUUGUCAUAAGUAUUAGGAUAACAUACUAUAAUACAAUAGUAUUUCUUGAUAACAUAACUUUACAAUCCACGGCCUUGGACUUUUGUUGUUAUUAUUAUUAGUAUAUACUGACAAAAAAUAUUAGGAAAAGUUUCUAUCGGAGAGAAGGUGAUCAAAAACCGGCUUACAACUUUGAAAUGUAACCACCGCUAGACGCUACAAACCACCAAUAUAUUUCAAAGUUAUAUAACGUAUAUACAUUUCAAAGAUUACUACUGACAAAAAAUAAAAUAAAAUAAACUCUAGGUCCUAAAUCCUAGGUCCUAGAUCAAAGAUAAAGAUUACUAGGAUUAAAGACAGAGAUAAUUAAAGAUGAGAGUGAUUAUUUUCGCAACAAUUUUAAGCCAAGUGAUUUGUUUGCCAUCUCAAGAUCUAAAUCAUAUCGAUAUUGAAAAAUAUGACCAUUUAAUUUGGGAUUAUUUGGAAUAUUAUCUGAGAAAUUUUAUGAGGACAAAAAAUCCAGUACUUGAUCCUUAUAAAGAAGAAAAUCAAAAUACAAUUCAAUUCAACGAUACUAAAUUUUUAGUAAAAUCCAAUUUCAGCGAUUUACAUAUAAAUAAUUUAUCAAAUUAUGAUGUAAUGUAUUGCAAUGGUGAUCACGAAGAAAAUAUUAUUUUUGGAUUAAGUUUUCCAACUUUAACUAUCAACGGAUCUUACGACGUUAAUCUUCGUCACCUGGAAAACGACAUCAUCGGUAAAGGACAGUACAAUUUGACAAUAACAGAUUUGAGAGUUUUAUCUAAAGCUCAAAUAUCUUCACGGACUUAUUUAAAACGUAAUGGAAUUUAUUUCAAGUCUCUUGCGCUCAAAAUAAUACCAGGAAUUUUUAAAUUGUCAGCGACAAACAUAUAUUUGGACAGUAAAAAAGAGUCUAACAAAUGGAGCAAGAAAGUAUCAAAGCUCAUGCCGAUGAUGAUUUUUGACAGCCACGAAAUUAUAGAGCCAUAUUUAUCACAAAUAUUUCUUACUUAUCUAAAUAAAUAAAUCUUCUUUUUUAAAGAAAUAAUACAAACAUUA